AUGGCGGGUAAACGAAUCUUGGGACUGUCUAGGGAGUUUGGAGGCAAGGGCUCAAGCCAUGCAGGUGGAGCAGAUCCAGCAGUCUGCCAUAUUGAGAGAGAUUUUAUCCCGCCUCCCUCCCUCCUGAAGAUGAUGCUGUCGGACCCAACUUUCUAUCACAGCCACCAUUUUGAUCAGGAGAUGAAAAAGGAUAUUGAUCUAAUAUCCAUAGAAGCUCGCACACACAAAGGUGAAAGGGCACCGAGGCGUGUGAGGCAUGCUCAUACAGGGGAUGGGCAUUUGGUGAUCACAGGAGGGUGGACCACUCGACUGUGCCCUUGUGAUAUUAUGAUUAUUGGCGCUAUCGGGUGGGAGACUUUUUGGGUGAUCAUAGGGAUAGUUAGGGGAUGGGGCUCUAGUGGUCACGAGAGGAUGAGAGUGGUAUCAGAGCGAGCCAUGUUGAGAACAAGAUAUUCUAGUAGUAGUAGAGCUAGAACUCCAAGGCAAGAGGCAUCUGUUCAAGAUAACAGUCGGGAUGUUGUUAUUGAUAGACUUACAGAAUUAGUUGAGCACCAAUCUCAACAAAUUCAGUUUGCUACCCACAUAGUUAAUUCUGAGGUACUAAAGGUAGAAAGAUUCCUUGAGGGGCUAAGACCAGAACUAUAUAGAGAUGUAAGCAUGGCAGGAAUCCAAGAUGUUUUAUAUUCUCAAAUUGUAGAGAGAGCCUUAGUUGCAGAACAAGCUGAACUAAGGAUUAGUCAUGCCCAAGAGGGUAAACGUCCAAGGAUAGAUCAAGGAAAAGCCUCAACAGCACAACUAUCUUGUCCCAAAUGUGUUGGACAGCAUACUGGAGCAUGUCCUAUAGAGACUAGAACAUGUUAUGUUUGUGGAAAGGUGGGACAUCUUGCUAGAGCAUGCCCAAGUAAUCUAAACCCUAUGGAGCAAAAGAAAGUGCCAGCUAGGGUGUUUACUAUUACUAGAUCAGAUGCUGAGACAAAUCCAUCAGUGGUAACAGGUAAAUUUUCUUUUUUUGGCAUCACAUCAAUUGUACUAUUCGAUUCUGGAGCCACACAUUCAUUUGUGUCUACUGAGUAUGUGAGGAGGUUGGGUAGGACACCUGAUAUACAAGAGGUUAGUUAUAGUGUAACUAUUCCAUUUGGAGAUGUACAACAAACCAAUCUAAUUAUAACAGCAUGUGUGAUCCUCAUAGAAAAUCGAGAGCUCUAUGCAGAUUUAAUUGUGUUGAAAAUGAAAGAUUAUGAUAUAAUUUUGGGUAUGGAUUGGUUGUCAAAAUAUCAAGCUACUAUAGAUUGUAUGAGGAAGUCAGUGACCUUUCAACCUUUGGGGAAUGAGCCAUUUACAUUCAUUGGGAUCGAAAAAGGUUUUAGAGUUCUAACCAUAUUGGUAUUGAAAGCAAAAAGGUUACUAGAUAGUGGGUGUAUAGGGUAUUUGGUGAGUGUUAAUACUAUUGAAGCACAACACAAUCCGAAUCUUAGUGAUGUGCCCGUGGCACAAGAAUUUCCAGAGGUAUUUCCUGAUGAUUUACCUAGGGUACCACCAGAUCGUGAGAUAGAGUUUGUAAUUGAUUUAAUUCCAAGAACAUCUCCAAUUUCCAAGGCUCCAUAUAUAAUGGCCCCCACUGAACUGAAAGAGUUGAAGUUACAAUUACAAGAGUUGUUAGAUAAAGGUUUUAUUAGACCUUGCUUUUCACCAUCGAGUGCACCGAUAUUGUUUGUUCGUAAAAAGGAUGGUACUAUGAGGCUUUCUAUCGAUUAUCGAGAGUUGAAUAAGGUGACAAUUAAAAAUAAAUACCCAUUACCGAGAAUUGAUGAUUUGUUUGAUCAACUUCAGGGUGCAUCUGUAUUUUCGAAGAUUGAUUUGCGAUCUGGAUAUCAUCAACUUAAAAUAAAGGGAGAUGACAUUUCUAAGACAGCAUUUAGUAUGAGAUAUGGUCAUUAUGAGUUUUUAAUAAUGCCAUUUGGGUUAACAAAUGCCCCAGCAGCUUUCAUGGAUCUGAUGAAUAGGGUAUUUGGAGACUUUCUCGAUAAGUUUGUAAUUGUAUUUAUUGAUGAUAUCCUUAUUUAUUCUCAUAAAGUUGUAUUUUUGGGGCAUGUAGUAUCAGGUGAGGGUAUAUCAGUGGAUCCAAGUAAAGUAGAGGCUAUUAAUAAUUGGCCACAACCUAUAAAUCCUUCAGAGGAAUUGAAGAAAAGACUAACUUCAGCCCCUAUCCUUUCAAUCCCAUCUGGUACUAGAGAUUUUGUAGUUUAUAGUGAUGCUUCAAAGAAUGGUUUGGGAUGUGUAUUGAUACAAAAUGGUAAAGUUAUUGCAUAUGCCUCUAGACAACUAAAAGAGUACAAAAAGAAUUACCCUACACAUGACUUGGAACUCGUCGCAGUUGUGUUUGCACUUAAGAUAUGGAGGCAUUAUUUGUAUGGAGAGUGGUGUGAGAUUUACACUGAUCACAAAAGUUUGAAAUAUUUGUUUACACAAAAGGAAUUGAAUAUGAGACAAAGAAGGUGGCUAGAGUUGGUCAAGGAUUAUGAUUUUGUUAUAAAAUAUCAUCCCGGUAAGGCUAAUGUUGUAUCUGAGGCAUUGAGCAGGAAGUCGACAUCCAGUGUUGCGAGUAUGAUUGUAACUCAAAAAUUAGAAUUGAUAGAUUUACAGAAAAUGGGAAUUGAAGUUGUGUCACAAGGAUCUAUAGAGGCUAAACUUGCUGCGUUGACACUUCAGCCAACUUUACUGAAUAGAAUUCAACAAGGGCAACAGGAAGAUGAUUAUUGUUCCAAGAUAAAGAAUGAUAUACAUGAUGGAAAAGCUUUAGAUUUUCAUAUAUCAACAAAUGAUAUCUUACGGUUUAGAGGACUAUUAUAUGUACCUAAUGCAGAAAAUAUCUGA